AUGGGAAAGGGCGGCGCUCUCUCGAACGGCGUGGUGAAGAAGAUCGUCCUCUCCUACACCUACGUCGCCGUCUGGAUCUUCCUCUCCUUCACCGUCAUCGUCUACAACAAGUACAUCCUCGACCGGAAGCUCUACAACUGGCCCUUCCCCAUCUCCCUCACCAUGAUCCACAUGGCCUUCUGCUCCUCCCUCGCCUUCGCCGCCGUCCGCAUCUUCAAGCUCGUCGAGCCCGCCGCCCUCACCCGCCACGUCUACCUCACCUCCGUCCUCCCCAUCGGCGCCCUCUACUCCCUCUCCCUCUGGCUCUCCAACUCCGCCUACAUCUACCUCUCCGUCUCCUUCAUCCAGAUGCUCAAGGCCCUCAUGCCCGUCGCCGUCUACUCCAUCGGCAUCCUCCUCCGCAAGGAGUCCUACCGCCCCAACACAAUGCUCAACAUGCUCGCCGUCUCCGCCGGAGUCGCCGUCGCCGCCUACGGCGAGGCCAGGUACGACUCCUUUGGCGUCCUCCUCCAGCUCGCCGCCCUCGUCUUCGAAGCCACCCGCCUCGUCCUCAUCCAGAUCCUCCUCACAUCCAAAGGCAUCAAUCUCAACCCAAUCACCUCUCUCUACUACGUCGCCCCAAGCUGCCUCGCCUUCCUCACAAUCCCAUGGCUAAUUAUGGAAUUCCCCCUUUUGAGGCGGCAAUUAGGUUUCCGAUUCGAUUUCCUGAUUUUCGGAACCAAUUCCCUGUGCGCGUUCGCGCUCAACCUCGCCGUGUUCCUCCUUGUGGGGAAGACGUCGGCGCUGACCAUGAACGUGGCCGGCGUCGUCAAGGAUUGGCUGCUGAUUGCCUUCUCGUGGUCGGUGAUUAAGGAUACGGUGACGCCGUUGAAUUUGUUUGGGUACGGAUUGGCUUUCCUGGGUGUGGGUUACUAUAAUCACACCAAGCUGCAGGCGCUCAAGGCCAAGGAGGCGCAGAGGAGAUCUCAGCCGUCGGAUGAGGAGGCGGCCGCUAAGCUGAUGGUGGAGAGGGAAGGGGAUGGGAUGGGGAAGAAAGGAGAUUUGCAGGCUUGA